AUGUCACACCCGGCUGAUCUCCUGUCCCUGCCGAAGGGUCCGCGUUCCAAGUCUGCUGACAAUGCUGAUGCUCCUGUUCCUCCUGCGGCCAACCAGCAAGAAUCUAUUAAUGGCGACAAUGGUUCGUCUGCAGUCAACAAUCUCACGGCUGACAGCGCUGCUAAUAAUACCUCGGUUACCGCUGGUGCUUCGCGUGAUCAAGCUGCAUCAUCAGAGCUACUUACCGAUGCUGAUGGUUUCAUCGACGAAGGCUCUGACGACGAGUUGGAACUUGAUCUGAGCACUGAAGUUGCUGCGACCCUGCGCUCCACUGUUGUUCUGCUGAUUCCGUUUAUUCUGCAUCUGGAAAUUGCUUGUGUGUUGGACGCUCUGAAGAUGCUGAUAAAACGUGCUGCCUCCAUGAAAGCCUCCGCGUUCAUCCUUCCCUUGCUCCGAGACCCUGCUUUGGCACUGAUCUCAACCGGUACCAACAGAGAAGAGUGGCUGUGUACGCAAGAGGGAUGCGGGAAGGCUCACGGCAAGAGCCUCAUGUCAGCUGCAGCUCACAUCGCUACUGCUGCUCACAUGCUUCACCUGGAGGAGGCCGGUGCUGCCACCAAGCAAUCCCUCGAGAAGAUGUCCCUCAAAGCUAUUCGGAAGGAGUACGGAGUGUAG